CUGACAAAAUUCUACUCCUUCAGAUUGAAAUUUUGUGUUAGCGCAUUUCUUGGUUAUUGAACAACUUUGUGAUUUUUUUUCUAAGAAGAAAAUGGAAAACUUCACUAAUGAAUACGAGGUAUUUGAUGAGACUGAAGACCACUUGUAUGAAGUUGAAAUCCAGGACGACGAGAGGACUAUAUCAGACAUAUCUUUAGAUGUGUCUUGUGUGAGCUAUAUCUCAGGAGGCGUCAGUUACCUUUCAGCUGACCAAGAAAGCAGUUAUGGCAGCGUCGACUUAGAAGAUGAAACACUUAACAUAUCCCUCAGUGCUGAUGACAGCAAUUGUGGCAGCAAUAUCAGCGUAAUUUUCUUCUCCGGAACUGACUCGUCAGAUGCCGAUCUUGACUUGUCGGAGCUCAGGAGCUUUAUAUUCGCAUCUGAUACUGAGUUGCUAGAUGUUGACCCAGACUUCUCAGAGCAAAGCUACAUGUUGUCAUCUGAUACUGAGUUGCUAGAUUUUGACCAAGAUGCCUCAGAGCAAAGUUACAUGUUCUCAUCUGAUACUGAGUUGCUAGAUGUUGACCAAGACGCCUCAGAGCAAAGUUACAUGUUGUCAUCCGAUUCUGAGUUGCUAGAUGUUGACCAAGACUUCUUUGAGUUUAACUCAAUGGAGCUAGUGAGCCUUCAUAUGGCAGCAUCAGUAGAUUCAUCGCAAGAGGAAACAUUCCUUGCUGACACAUCUGAUGAAGACUUUUUGACAGAAGAAAUGCUGCCCGAAGAGUCUGAAGGUAUGGAGCGCCAUACAGAAGAUAAUGACACAAGCUUUUUAACGGAAGUAGAAGACCCAUUUGAAAUGUUUGACUUCUCUCCAGCUGUCUUAGUUGAAAGAGAAUUUAGGCCAGAAAUACUUCAACUAGACAGCCAUCACACUGAUUCCUAUUUAAGAGAUUGGCUUGAUAACAACAUGGCAGCCAAUUAACAGGGAGAAAUGAAAAGGUCUACAGUUGAAAGAUUCCACUUCAUUUGGGCCUUCAAAUCUAGAUAAUAGUGCUUCUUAUGUAAGGGAAGUCAAAGCGCCGCAACGCCUACACCAGAGCUUGUGUAGUCUGGCUCUACAUGGUGUCACAUUAGGACUGAGAGGCACAACAAGAGAUCAGUCCCGGAUCAAGUCCUAGUCAGUCAUGACAAUUUUCUAGUGUGUUAGUGUGAAGAUCUGGUGUAAAUUCCAGUAUAGUUCAACAAAGAUAGUUGAAAAAUUGAACUGAAGACAACUUAUAAGCUGUUUAGAGAUUUAUAGAUAGACAUUGCUAAGUUGAACCAUUGUAAGGAAGACAA